UGUGCUGCCAUCAGUAGAUCUGUCAGUGUCGCCAUCAGUGCAUCUAUCAGUACAGCCCUGGUCAUCUCCUGUACUGUGUCCGCAGUCUCUGGUCAUUCCCUGUACUGUGUCCGCAGUCUCUGGUCAUUCCCUGUACUGUGUCCGCAGUCUCUGGUCAUUCCCUGUACUGUGUCCGCAGUCUCUGGUCAUUCCCUGUACUGUGUCCGCAGUCUCUGGUCAUUCCCUGUACUGUGUCCGCAGUCGCUGGUCAUUCCCUGUACUGUGUCCGCAGUCGCUGGUCAUUCCCUGUACUGUGUCCGCAGUCGCUGGUCAUCUCCUGUACUGUGUCCGCAGUCGCUGGUCAUCUCCUGUACUGUGUCCGCAGUCGCUGGUCAUCUCCUGUACUGUGUCCGCAGUCGCUGGUCAUCUCCUGUACUGUGUCCGCAGUCGCUGGUCAUCUCCUGUACUGUGUCCGCAGUCGCUGGUCAUCUCCUGUACUGUGUCCGCAGUCGCUGGUCAUCUCCU